AUGCAGCAUUCCGACUCCGACACCGAUGCGAUGUCCGUGGCCUCGGCGAUCGGCGAGGACGGCGAGGAGGACGUCUUUGCCGCUGCGGCGAUAUUGCCGGACGCGGACGGCGACGGCAUCUUUGACCUCCCCGCGUCGCCGAUGCCCGGCGAGGGCACAGCUGACUUGGGCGGCUUCGACGAAGGCGGCGAGGAGGGCGGCGAGGAGGGCGACGGUGACGGCGAGGGCAGCGGCGACGAGGGGAGCGGCGAGGGGAGCGGUGAGGAGUCGGAGGAGCGGCAGGCGGCGAUGGUGGCGCAGCUGCGUGAGGCGCUGCUGGCGAGAGGGUACGAGAUGCGCGACGCGCCGGCGCGGCCGGCGCAGCUGCCGUCCUUCGACAUCGCCGGCUUCGCGCAGCGACUCGCCUCCUGCCCGCCGCGGUCGGUCGUCGUCCUCUGCGGCGCCGGCAUCUCCGUAUCGGCCGGCAUCCCGGACUUUCGGUCGCCCGGGACCGGCCUGUACGACAACCUGCAAAAGUACGACCUGCCGUCGCCGCAGGCCAUCUUUGAGCUCUCCUACUUUCGCGAGCGGCCCGACGCCUUCUACCUCCUUGCGAGGGAGAUGUGGCCCGACAACUUCCAGCCGACGCCCGCCCACCACUUUGUCGCGCUGCUGCACGCGAAGGGGCUGCUGCGCCGCUGCUUCACGCAAAACAUCGACUCGCUCGAGGCGCGCGCCGGGCUGCCGGCCGACUUGACCAUCGCCGCGCACGGCAACUUCGACGGCUGCCACUGCAUCGAGACGGGCGAGCCGGUCCCUCUCGGCGAGGUGCGUCGGGCGGUUGCGGUCGGCCGCGAGGGGCCGGGAGGCUGGGCGGAGCUGGCGCAGCGGUACGGCGGGCUCUGCAAGCCCGACAUCGUCUUCUUUGGCGAGCAGCUGCCGGCUCGCUUCUUUGAGGCGGCCGAGGCCGACCUGCCUGCGGCGGAGGCGGGCCAUCGCCCCUUAUACCCCCUUUAUACCCCCUUCAUACCCCCUUACACCUGCCUGCGGCGGAGGCGCGCCAUCGCCCCUUAUACCCCCUUUAUACCCCCUUCAUACCCCCUUACACCUGCCUGCGGCGGAGGCGCGCCAUCGCGGCGUCGGCUCCGGCGGGCGGAGAGGCGGCGGGGCCCCCGUCACGUCCGGCCGGCGCUCAUCGUGAUGGGCACGUCGCUCAAGGUGCAGCCCUUCGCGUCUCUGCUCGGACGGUGCGGCCUCGCGACGCCGCGGCUGCUGCUGAACCGCGAGAUGCUCGGCGAGGGGGAGGGUUGUCCACGACAUGCGAGGUGUGGCGAGGGGGAGGGAGAGCUCGUCGGCGAGGCGGACCCGAUGGUGCGGCUGCUCGGGCUGCGCGACCCGCGCGCGAUGCUGCACGGCGACGAGGCGAACCACCGCGACGCAUUCUUCGAGGGCGACUGCGACGCGGGCGUCCUCGAGCUCGCCCGGCUGCUAGGCUAG